AUGAGCGAGUACGAGGCCCGCCGCCUAGCCAAUAUCAAGCGAAACGAGGCCCUCAUCCAAGAGCUCGGCCUGGAGCACUCCGCCGCCGCCGCCGCCCCACCGCCACCAAACUCGAAACCCACCCGCGCCAGCAACCACCGCCCUCGGAACAAACGACGCAAGCUCGAGCCCGCCGCCCCUACACGCUCGUCCGCCCGCCUCGCCCGCGCCGGGUCCCGUCCGCUCCCGUACGGCGACGCCUCCGCCUCGGCCUCGGCCUCAUCACCACCCGCCCAACCGCGCCGCCACCGACCGAGCCGGAAAGCCCCCCAACGCAGCCGCACUGCCACCUCCCCUUCCUCCUCCCGCUCCCCCUCCCCCUCCGGCCUCGACGUCGCCGCCCUCCGCGCGCGCUGGACGUCCUGGACGCCCGUCGCGCCGCCGCCCGCGCGCGACGCGCACGGCACCUACCACUUCGCGUCGCACCCGGCCUUCACGCCGAACAAGUCGCCGGAGGAGGUGCUGCGCGAGGGGUGCUUCGGGGGCACGUACUUCCGGCCGCUGCGCAGUCGCGCGCUGGGAGCCAGUACCGUCGUCGAUGGCGACUGGCGCGAGUUGCCGGCCGCGUGGGUCGCCGGGGUGGACGUGGCGCGCUGUCUGACGAGUUCGAGGUACGAUGCGGCGGUGAAUAAGUAUGGAGUUGCGUGCGGGCAGAGCAUCGAGGAGUGGGAGGCGGCGGGGUGGAUUGCGCAUGAGUGGGAUGUGAGGGGGUGGUUUCAGUGGUAUUGUCGGUUUUGGAUGGGGAGGAGGGGGGCGGAUGACGAGAGGCAGGUGGGGCGGUGGGCGAGGUGUGUGGGCGAGAGGGGGAGGUGGCGGAGGGCGUUGUUGAGGGGCUAUGUCAAGGCGGGGGUGAGGAGCGUGUUUGAUGAUGGGGACGAGGGGCGGGGGGAGGUGAGUCCGGUCGUGCAUCAGACGUGCCAUCAUUGGGCGUGGGAGGUGAGGCAGGACGCGCUGGAUAGGUUUUGGGCCGAGGGACGCUGA